GACCUGCGUGCUCGUGUGCGUCCUGGCUCUGCUCGCGCCCGCGUGCGCGCGCGCAGCUUCACGCCUGCGCGCGCCCCGCGGCUAUAAGCCGACGCCGGUCCAUGCCGACAAGUUUCCUGACCCUAAGAAGAGAUCCAAACUUCCCCACCUUCGUGACAAGAUGGUGAAGGACGCGUCCAACAACACGUCCAACUUGUGGAGACGACCUCGCUGCGGCGUUCCAGACUAUCCAAACCACAGGGAGAUCCUUUACCCGGGUCAACACCGCCAGAGGCGCUUUGUCCUCUACGGAGGACGGCUGGACAAGACGGACCUCACCUACAGGAUUGUGCGUUUCCCAUGGCAAAUGGGCGAGGAGAAGGUCCGUCGAGUGUUCCGGGAAGCUCUGAAGAUCUGGAGCGACGUGACGCCGCUCACCUUCACAGAGAUCCGCAGCGGGAAGGCCGACAUCCGUAUCGACUUCACCAGGUACUGGCACGGAGACAGCCUCCCCUUCGACGGCCCGGGUGGAAUACUGGCUCACGCCUUCUUCCCCAAAACGCACCGCGAAGGCGACAUGCAUUUCGACUACGACGAGUCGUGGACGCUCGGCAACCACAUGGGCACGGAUCUCCUCCAGGUGGCGGCUCACGAGUUUGGACACGUGUUGGGAUUGCUGCACUCCGAGGAGCCGGGCGCCAUCAUGUCCGCCUACUACUCCUUCUCCUACCCGCUCAUGCUGAGUGACGACGACAAGCGAGGCAUCCAGUACCUCUAUGGCACUCUUCCUAGAGUCCUGCCGCCACCGCCUCCACCACCGCCACCGCCGCCUCCACCGCCACCUCCACCGCCUCCACCUCCGUCUCGGCCACCUCCACCUCCGUCUCGGCCACCUCCACCUCCGUCUCGGCCGCCUCAGCCGCCGCCGUCUGACCACGAGACCAACGAGAUCGUCUCUCAUCCCGACGUCUGCCAGACGGACUUUGACGCCGCCUCCAUGAUUCGUGGCGAGCUCUUCUUCUUCAAGUCGGGCUACGUGUGGCGAAUCAGGGACGGACGUCUGGAAAACGGUUAUCCCGCGUUGGCGUCUCGCCACUGGAGGGGAAUUCCGGACAAUAUCGACGCCGCUUUUGAAGACAAGGCGGGAAAUAUUUGGUUCUUUCAAGGUGAGAGCUACUGGGUGUUCGAUGCGGAGAUGCAGGUUCGUGGGCCCGAGUCCAUCAGGAGGCUGGGUCUGUCAGUGCCAGGCAUCCAGGCGGCGCUGCGUUGGGGUCACGACUCCAAUUACAACACCUACUUGUUCCGCUCGGGAAGCUACUGGCGCUUCAGUCCUCGCCAGAACCACUUGGACUCGACGUACCCACGCAGCAUGCGCGACUGGAGCGGCAUACCCGCUGACGUGGACGCCACCUUCAGGGAUGCUUACGGCUACGCCCACUUCAUCCGAGGACGCCAGUACUGGAAGUUCGACCCGGUGGCCAUGAACUCCCUGGAGGGCUACCCUCGCUACGUGGGCGUGGACUUUUUCGGAUGUCGAAACAUGUGAUGGUGCUGAGCGGAAGCGGACCAGGACGCGUGAACUUGACCUCCUCCGUGUGUUGGAAAACCUUGGUACUCAAAUGUUGUUGUUUGUCGGGAAAACCAGCACGGACUUAGUCCAGGACUGGCCGGACAAGCCCGUCCAUCCUCAGGUGCUUCAGUCGGCCGACGUCACUCGGCGCGUCAAUGCUGUGAAGACGCUUCCUGGCGCCACUUACAGGUCAAGGUGGAUCAGCGUGAUGCCUUCAGGGACCUCCUUCAUCAAGACCAGGUGCUGCCACUCCGGCUCGUUAGUGCGGGUCACUGACGACUCUCCUUUUGCCAUCACGUUACUCUUUGAAGUUGCUAAAGCUGCGGCGCUUCACGGCUAGCUGGCCCGUUUGAAUGUCCCGCCCUCUUCCUGGUUUGAUCACUUAAGCUCCGCCCACUUAUACACGUGCAGUAUAAUAAUAAUGUUAUGUUGCUCUAUUAAAGGAAAACUGCACUUUUUUCAGAUUUUAAACAUCGUCUACAAUCCUGAUGAGGCAAGAACACGUCUUUCACUUUAUUGUGCAUUCUAAAUAGUAAAAAACUGCAAAUUUUUUACUUAAAACUACUUACAUUUUUUACAUUUUAAUUACAUUAAAUUAUAUGUCUUUCACUUUAUUGUGCAUUCUAAAUAGUAAAAAAAAACUGCAAAUUUUUUACUUAAAACUACUUAAAUUUUUUAAAUUUAAAUUAGAUUAAAUUACACGUCUUUCACUUAUUGUGCAUUGUGAAUAGUAAAAAGCUGCUUUUUUUUUUUUACUUAAAACUACUUCAAUUUGUUUCAUUUAAAUUAGAUUAAAUUACACGUCUUUCACUUUAUUGUGCAUUCUAAAUAGUAAAAAACUGCUAAUUUUUUAAAACUUAAAACUACUUUUAAAAAUUAAAAUUUAAUUACACGUCUUUCACUUUAUUGUGCAUUUGAAAUUGUAAAAAAAUUCAAUUUUUUAAAACUUAAAAUUACUUAGAAAAAUAAAAAAUUCUAUUCAAUUACACGUCUUUCUCUAUGUUGUGCAUUCCAGAAAGUAAACAUCUGCUAUUUUUUUCCUGUCAAAACUGCUAUUUUUUUUAACUUUAAAAAUGUAAUUAAAUUACACAUCUUUCACUUUAAUGUGCAUUCUAAAUAGUAAAAAACAGCUUCUUUUUUUUUUAACCUUAAAAUUACUUUUAAAAUUUACAUUUAAAUUAAAUUACACAUAUUUCCCUUUUAAUGUGCAUUCUAAAUAGUAAAAAACAGGGGUUUUUUUACCUAUCAAAAUUUAAUUACACAACUUUUACUGUACCGUGCAUUCUGAAUAGUAAAAAACUGCUAUUUUUUUACUCAAAAUUACUUUAAAUUUUAAUUAAAUUAAAAUCAAUUAAAUUACACCUCUUUCACUUUAUUGUGCAUUCUGAAUAGUAAAAAAACUGAUUUUUUUUAAAACUUAAAAUUAAUUUAAAAAUUGUAAUUAAAUUAAAUUACACAUUUUUCAUUUUACUGUGCAUUCUAAAUCAUUAAGAACUGCUAUUUAUUUUUUACCUAAAAUUACUUUAAAAAUUGUAAUUCAAAUAAAUUAAAUUUCACGUCUUUCACUGUAUUGUGCAUUCCAAAUAGUAAAAAUCUGCUAGUUUUUUUCCUGUCAAAACUGGUAGUUUUUUACUUAAAAAAUUUAAUUAAAUUACACAUCUUUCACUUUAUUGUGCAUUUUAAAUAGUAAAAAACUGCAAUUUUUUUUUCACCAAAAAUUACUUUGUACAAUCAACUUCAAUUUAAAAUAAAUUAAAUUACACAUCUUUCACUUUGUUGUGUAUUCUAAAUAGUAAAAAACUGCAAACGUUUUACUUAAAAAAAAAAGUAAAACAUUUUAAAAUUGCAUUUUUUUUACUUAAAACUACCUUAAAAAAAAUUCAUUUUAAUUAAAUUACCCGUCUUUCACUUUAAUGUGCAUUCUAAAUAGUAAAAAAAAUGCUUUUUUUAAAACUUAAAAUUACUUCAAAAAUGACAAUUAAAUUACGUACACGUCUUUCACUUUAUUGUGCAUUCUAAAGAGUAAAUACUGUUUUUUUUACUUGAAAGUACAUUAAAAAUUGAAAUUAAAUUACACAUCUUUCACUUUAUUGUGCAUUCUAAAUAGUAAAAAACUGCAAAUGUUUUACUUAAAAAAUACUUUAAAAAUUGCUUUUUUUUUUACUUCAAACUAUCUAAAAAUGUAAAUUAAAAUUAAAUUACACAUCUUUCACUUAAUGUGCAUUCUAAACAGUAAAAAACUGCUUUUUUUGUUUUACUUAAAAUUACUUUAAAAAUUUAAAUUAAAUUACACAUCUUUCACUUUAUUGUGUAUUCUAAAUAAUAAAAAACAAUUGUGUUUUUUUUAACCUAAAAAAAUUAAAUUACACAUCUUUUACUGUACCGUACAUUUUGAAUAGUAAAUACUGCUAUUUUUUAAACUGAAAAUUACUUUUAAAUUUUAAAUUUUAAAUCAAAUUAAAAUAAAUCAAAUUACACCUUUCACUUUAUUCUGCAUGCUGAAUAGUUAAAAACUGCAAGAAUGUUUGACUUAAAAUCACUUAAAAAAUGUAAAUCAAAUUCAAUUACACAUUUUUGUUUUUACUGUGCAUUCUUAACCGUAAAUAACUGCUUCUUUUUUUAAAACCAAAAUUACUUUAAACAUUGUAAUUAAAAUAAAUUAAAUUACACGUCUUUGACUUUAUUGUGCAGUCUAAAGAGUAAAAAAAAAUCCUAUAAAAUGCUAUUUUUUGUACUUAGAAUUACUUUUAAAAAAAUUAAAAUUAAAUAAAUUCAAUUGAAUUACACAUCUUUCACUUUUUCACUUAAAAAAUUAAAUUGAAAUUAAAUUAAGGUUAUUUUUUUGUUGCUACAUGGAAAUGGGGCGUUGUUGGAUGUUUUCAGGGUGAAACUACUUACUUCAAUUGUUAGCCACCUCUUACUAGCUGUUUUUUACUACUCCAAAGCACAUAAAAGUGAAAGAGACGUGUUCCUGCCUCGCAUGAAGAUUGUGGGCAAAACUCCCAAAGAAGUGAAGCACUAUUGCUAACAUAUGCUAACAUAUUGCUAACAUAUGCUAGCCGUGACAAAGCAGCUUUAACCACUUCAAUAAUAUGAAUUAUUAACAUAUUUAUACACUUGUACAUACAUGCUUCUUUUUUUACUCCAAUGUAACCAACUCUUUGUUCACAAUAAAUUUUGAUCUCAUUGAAAUGUAUGCAUCCUAUACUGCAUCCUAUACUGGUAACACUGCCUCACUUCUUUUUACACUUGUAGGACACUAAGUGUGACUUAAACCACAGUUUGACCUUGGAACAGACUAAAGGUGUUGUUUUCCACACACAGUAAGAAGAGGAGCUGCUCCCUUGCUAACAUUUCAACGUAACGACACGGUGUGGCGAGCUGACCAGGCUUUUAUUGUGAAGGAGCAGCAGCAUCAGCCGUGACUUUAGAUGUGAUUGGCAUCAUUUUCAUGGCGGAGCACUGCCUUUGUUAUAUAUCAUACUCACUCAUCAACACUUUAUCAUGGGACUGUCUGAAACUGUAGAGAGUUCAUCUGCAUAAAAAAUAUUGUGAAUAACUUGUUAUUGUUAUUGGAGCCCUGGAGACAUGAAAUAACUCCUUUAACACAACAUAGAGGACGCAGUCAUAGAAAAUAAGACCAUGGAUUAUUUUAGUAAUGUGUGGAUGACUUUGUUCCAUUCAAGGAGUAAA